UAUCUCUCGCAGCCAAACACUCCACGCCCUGGUUCAUCUUCCCCGGAGCACGACGAAUGGCUCGCCCGAGAAAGUGCAUUCAAGAAAUGCUAUGACAGCGUCGCGGACGUCGUGGUACAAGAAGCGUCUAUCUUAGCCUGUACCAACAAUCUGACUGGUUCACAUCUUGUCAGAAGAAAAUUUCGCAAACGGCAAAAGCAUAAUGGGCAGGCUUUAAAGCCAGACGCGAUAAUCCCACUCGUGUCCCUUGAUAGGUCACACCUCGUCGUUGGAACGAUUCGAGGAGGCGACCGAGAGCAACUCGCGCCUCUCGCCAUUACCGCGAAGGAGGUUCCGGGUUACAAUGAAUUCGGGUACCAGAUGGGUAGAUCACCCUUCGAUAGACUCUGUCGUGCCCGAUUCCCAGUGAGCGUUGUCUCGAGACAACAUAGGAUGGAUCCCCGCCUCGCCAAAUUUCCAUCGAAAUUCACAUACUCUGGCCGAAUGUCCGAUGACCCCAGCGUGAAUUUCAUUUCUGUCAGGGCUGAGCUCGCCAAUGCUCUUCGAGAUUGGAUAGAGACGAAAGCACCAGGAGCAAAUUUCGAACACGUGGAAUUGAUCGGAAUCGAUGUCACUGACGGCACAACAUCCAGAAAUAGUCAAAACCAAUCGAGAUCAAACACCGAGAAUGUUGUUGUUGUCAUGGAUCUCGUUGAAUUUAUCGUCCGCCGUGGUGCACUAGAAGAUGUUACCUGCGCCAUCAUCACAGCUUACUCAGAUCAGAGAAAAGAGUAUGUUGGGAGACUGAUGCGUCUGUCCGAGAAGCUGGACAUUGCCUGGAAGGAUAUGCCUAAAGUUGCGACAGUGGAUUCCAUGCAAGGCCACGAAGCGGACCUGAUCAUCCUAGAUUGGGUUGUCAUCUCGGGGAAAAAGUCUGACCUCGGCUUUGCGGCUGAUAAUCGCCGCGCGAACGUCGCCCCCACGAGAGCAAGAUCGUGUCUGAUUGUUGUUGCUAACGGGGAAAUCAUCAACAAUGACCGCCUCAGCGAGGCGCGGCCGAAGGAGUUCCACCCGGAGAUCCUGGCUCAUUGGCAACAUCUCCUCUACAACGAUUUGAUUGUGGACGUGUCUGCUGCUGCGCUGAUGACAUGA